CGGCGAUUGAGCUGAAACCUGCUGGAAAUGUUGGAUCCUGUACUGCAGCGGCACCUAAAGGGCCAUCGGGGUAAGCUGACCGGGCUUUCCUUCAAUCCGGAAGGGACACGUUUCGUGACAAGCUCCCUCGACCAUUCGGCAAUCGUUUGGACCAACAACGAGCAGGUACGCUGCAUGCGAUUCGAGGCACACACGGAUGUUGUGAAUGAUGUUUGCUGGUCGCCGGACGGUAGAAUCAUAGCAACCGUCUCCAAGGAUCGCUCCGUAAAGAUAUGGGUACCAUCCAUGCUUGGUAAUUGUGACGAGUUUCGGGGUCACACCUCUAACGUACGCUCGGUAGACUUUGAUCCGACCGGGAAGAAGCUUUUAACCGCUUCAGAUGACAAAACGGUCAAGCUGUGGAAGGUGUCCCGGAAGCAGUUCCUGUCGUCCUUCACUGGGCAUACAAAUUGGGUGCGCUGUGCUCGCUUCUCGCCAAACGGUAAAAUGAUCGCUUCUUGUGGUGAUGAUCGUUCGCUGAAGUUGUUUGACCCUGCAACUGGCCAGUGUGUUCAUACCUUUCACGAUCAGAAAGGAGCGGGAUGUAAGGUGGCUUGGCAUCCGGACAGCACACUGGUAGCUAUCGCGUUGGACAACUGCCGGGUGAAGAUCUUCGAUGUGAACAUAAGGAAAUUGAUUCAGUACUACCGGAUCUAUGAUGGUGCCGUGAAUUCGUUAGACUUCCAUCCGUCUGGCAAUUAUCUUAUUACGGGAAGCGACGAUGGUGUGACGAAAAUCAUCGAUCUGCUGGAAGGGCGGCAAAUAUUUACACUUACCGGGCACCGUGGUCCGGUGACGACGGUAAAAUUUUCGAAAGAUGGGCAGCUAUUUGCGACAGGUAGCGAUGAUUGUCAUGUCAUGUUGUGGAAAGCAAAUUUAGAACCAGAUUCGACACAAAGCUCACUGUACUCACCGGAGAGCACCUGCGAGAUAACGAAUGCAACCGGUGGCCAGCGCAAAUUUAGCUUCAAUCGUGACGUUACAGAGGCACAUGCCGACGAAGAUUCGGCCUACAGUUGCAACAAAGAGAAUCUCCCGGAUACGAGCAUUUUUGUCGAUGCGACAAAGACGGAAAAUUUCAAAAUAUCGGACGCCGUCGAGGAAAUCGUAAUCAAGCUGAAUAAAUCCACUCCCGAAAAGUCUCGAAACGAAACGACGCACGGAUUGAGUGUCAGUUUUACGGGGAAACGCCAACAGGCACAAUGUUCUGGUGCUCCAAAUCUGACGCACGAACCUUCUACAAGCAAUCGAAACGAAUUUGAAGCACAUGUCCUUGUGUGUCUGAACAGCAUCAGCCGAAGGAUGGACAGUUUUCAUAGACGAAUUUCGUUGCUUGAAGAUAUUCUCCUCGAACGAUCAUAA